AUGAGUCUAAGCAAUGAGCAAGCAGAUGGGGCUCAGCUAAAUCAAACCAAUUCUCAUCAAAAUCAAAUAGCUGGAACCCAACAAAUAGGUAUUGAUUAUAAUCAUCCUUUGUUUCUUCACCCUUCAGAUGUCAGUGGAAUACAAAUUAUUUCAUUCCAGCUGACUGGAAUUGAAAAUUACUCUGUUUGGUAUCGUUCUAUGCGAGUAGCAUUGCUAGGAAGGAACAAAUUUGGAUUGGUGGAUGGAUCUUGUAGGAAAGAAAGUUUUCCUGUUACUAUGUGGAACCAUUGGGAGAGAGUAAAUGCUAUUGUACUUUCUUGGAUCAUGAAUUCUGUGAAUAGUAGUCUUCUUGGUGGUAUAAUGUAUGCAUCUAAUGCUCAGACAGUCUGGGAUGAUCUAUAUGAACGAUUCUAUAAAGUAGAUGAUGCAAGAACUUUUAACUUGCACAAAGAAAUUGCCACUCUUACUCAAGGCACUUCAUCCGUAUCUGUGUAUUAUUCAAAACUGAAGGACAUGUGGGAGGAGUUUGAGGCAUUAAUUCCAGUCCCUGGUUGUGAUUGUCCAAGGUCUAGGGAUUUUGUAGUUUAUCUACAAAAACUAAAGGUAUAUCAAUUUCUUAUGGGUCUCAACGAGUCUUACUCUCAAGCAAGAGGUCAAAUUCUUAUGAGACGACCUUUACCAACAGUAAAUCAAGCAUACUCAAUGGUUAUAAGUGAUGAAAGUCAAAAGACAGUGGCUGCUACUUCUGGAAUUUUAGGUGCAAAUCCAGCAAUUAGUACUGAGAGUUAUGAUGUUGCAAUGUAUACAAAAAAUAUGGGAAAUCAAAGAUAUAAAAAGAAUUAUAAUAUUCAGUGUGAUUUCUGCAAAAUUAGAGGUCAUAGUAAAGAAAAUUGCUUCAAGAUAGUUGGCUAUCCUCCAGAUUUCAAAUCUAAAAGGAAAGGGCCAGGAUCAUAUAACAAUGGAACAAGAGCAUGUCCAGCAGCUUAUAAUGCUCUAGCAGAAAUUCCUCAACACCAGCCUAAUGUGAGUUAUCAGCAGGAAUCUCAGAUGACAAAUGGUCAAAUCAUUGAUAAUUCACUGCCUCAGAUAGGAGCAUUCACAAAAGACCAAUAUGAGCAGAUAUUACAAAUCCUAAACAAAACUAACCUAAAAGGCAACAACAAUAAUUGUUCAGCAAAUGUAGCAGGUAUGAGUAUAACUUUGUUAGUUUCAAAUUGUCCAAAAGAAUGGAUUAUUGAUACUGGUGCAACUAAUCAUAUGGUGUCAGAUAUUAACAUGUUAAAUCAAGAAUCUAUAGUUGAAAAUACUAAUCCGAAGAGAGUGUGUCUUCCUAAUGGUGAAAUUUCAAAUGUUACACAUACUGGAACUAGUUCAAUAUCUGCUAGAAGUACACUUAGCAAUGUUUUCCAUUUACCUCAGUUCAAAUUUAAUCUAAUGUCUGUGUCAAAAAUGACUAAGGAACUAGCUUGUGCUGCAACCUUCUACCCUCAGUUUUGUAUUUUUCAGGAUCUCUUCAAUGGGAGGGUGAAGGAGAUUGGUAAAGAAAGAGAUGGCCUAUACAUACUACUGAGUCAACUUGCUAAUAAAGAUAUGAAUGUCAGCCUCCUUGUAAAGGAAGUGCUUAGUGCAGAAGACAUAAAUCUAUGGCAUAAAAGAUUUGGUCAUGUGUCAUUAUCUGUUCUUAGGAAAAUGGUUCAAAAUAAAACUGAGUCUAUAGCAGAAGUAUUAAAUAAGUGCAAUAGAACUUGUGCUUAUACUCCUCAGCAAAAUGGAGUAGCUGAGAGAAAACAUAGACACAUACUAGAAGUAACUAGAGCUAUCAGAUUUCAAGCCAAUAUACCUAUUAAAAUUUGGGGUCAUUGUGUUCUAGCUGCUAUAUACAUAAUUAACAGACUUCCUUCAUCAGUUAUAGGAGUUUCACCAUUUGAAAAACUAUACAAAAGGAAACCUUCUCUAAUUCAUUUAAGAGUUAUAGGGUGCCUUUGCUAUGCCAAAAUUAUACAAGAAUCAGACAAACUGAAACCAAGAGCAAAAUCUGCAAUAUUAAUGGGAUAUUCAGAGGUGCAAAAAGGUUAUGUCUUAUAUGAUUUAACUACUAAUUCCUUCUUUGUAAGUAGAGACGUUAUUUUCAGGGAAGAUGUAUUUCCAUUCAGGAAUGUUACUACAUCUUCAUCUCCUAUAUUUGUAUCUCAACCUAUCUUAGACAAUAGACAACCCGAGGGUUACACUCAGCAACCUGUUGGUUUUCCUCAACCUACAAACACUCAAGACUAUGAAGCAGACUACAUAGAUACAAGUGCAGAAGAGAUUCCUAACUCAAUCUACAAGCUGUCACAGAAUCUGCCACUACAAAUCAACAACAGGAUCAGUCAACAAUCAUUCUUCCUAUUGCUUCAACAAAUAUUCAGCAGAAUCAACAAAACAACACUACUAGAAGAUCUGGCAGGGAAAAACAUCCUCCAAUAUGGAUGA